CUGCCUGCUUGCCUGGCUGCCUCUCUCUCCCACCCUCUCACUCACUCAUUCUGUGAGUGUGUAUCAUCAUCAUGUACGUACAACAGCAACGACUGAGCCGUCUGAGUAGCUUCAACUGUCGCCUCUGCCCGGCCAUUGCCAUUGCCAUUGCCAUUGCUAUAGUCGCAUAGUCGCGCUUCCGCUUCCGUCUACGCUCACUCGCCUCAUUUCCGCUGCGGCUGCAAUUAAGCCAGCUACCCUCUAACCUGCAACAAAACAACAACGGCAAAAACAACAACUACAACUGCAAUAAGAAUGGCGCGAGCGACCAACUUUAAUGAUGCGCUGGACUACAUCUACAUAGCCAACAGCAUGGAUAGCAAGGCCUAUCUGAUAGCCGACCCGCGGCCCGACGAGCCAGCCGAUGAGGAUAUGGUGCAGCAGGCGGAGGAGGAGGAGGAGCAGGAGGAGGAGCAGCAGCAGCAGCCGCAGUUAAAUGGCGGCGACAGCAAUAACAACAGUCAAUACUACAACGAUGGCGACUUUCCGAAUACGGCGGCAGCUGUGGCAGCUGUUGCGGCCGCGGCUGCCUUGGAGAACAAUGCGAACAGCAGCUCGCCGAGCUUUCCCAGCCCCAAUAGCUCACCUGGCUCACCGCUGGCGACCGCAGCGCUGGCAGCAGCUGCGGCCAGCGCCUCGGUGGCGGCGGCUGCAGCGCGCAUAACCGCCAAGGCGGCGCAUCGGGCGCUGGGCAGCAAAGCGGCUAUCGACCUGAUCGAUGCCGAUGGCAGCAAAAGUGCGGACAAUAAUUAUACGAAUGUGGCUGUCGGCCUGGGGGCGAUGCUGCUGAACGAUACGCUGCUGCUGGAGGGCCUGGGCAACGAGACGGGGGGGCUGGGCAUCUUUGGCGAUGUGGUGAAUGGCAGCGGGACGCUGUUAAAUGGCAGCGCAGCGAUCAAUGUGACGGCCAGCAAAGUGGCCGAGGAUGACUUCACGCAGCUGCUGCGCAUGGCCAUCACAACGGUGCUGCUCGGCCUGAUGAUACUCGUCACGAUAAUUGGCAACGUCUUUGUGAUAGCUGCCAUUAUACUGGAGCGCAAUCUACAGAAUGUGGCCAACUAUCUGGUUGCCUCACUGGCCGUGGCUGAUCUAUUUGUGGCCUGCCUCGUCAUGCCCCUUGGCGCCGUCUAUGAGAUCAGCCAAGGCUGGAUUCUUGGACCGGAGCUGUGCGACAUUUGGACCUCAUGCGAUGUCCUCUGCUGCACGGCAUCGAUUUUGCAUCUGGUUGCCAUUGCUGUCGAUCGCUAUUGGGCUGUGACCAACAUUGAUUACAUCCAUUCACGCACCAGCAACCGCGUCUUCAUGAUGAUCUUCUGCGUCUGGUCCGCAUCUGUGAUUGUUUCGCUGGCGCCACAAUUUGGCUGGAAGGACCCGGAUUAUCUGCAGCGCAUCGAGCAGCAAAAGUGCAUGGUCUCACAGGAUGUGGCCUAUCAGGUAUUUGCCACCUGUUGCACUUUCUAUGUGCCACUGCUGGUUAUUUUGGCUCUGUACUGGAAAAUCUAUCAGACGGCCAGAAAACGCAUUCAUCGUCGACGACCGCGUCCCGCUGACGUGACAGCCAACAAUAAUCAGCCCGCUACUGGCGCUGCUUCAGAUACCAAAUUAAAUCGUCUGCGCUUACGUCUUGGCAAAUUUUCAACGGCCAAGAAUAAGAGCGGCACAGCGUCUGCCGGAGCAGGAGCUGCGGGUGGCAGCACGGCAUUGGGCCUGGUCGAGGGCAACUCGACGAAUACGGUUAACACGGUGGAGGAUACGGAGUUCAGUAGCUCGAAUGUGGAUAGCAAAAGUCGCGCCGGCAUCGAGGCGCCAAGCACAUCAGGUAGCCAAAUCGCUACCGUCUCACAUUUGGUGGCUUUGGCCAAUCAGCAGCACAAGCAACUGAAACCCACUGAAGCUGUUGAGCCACGCGUGCAGGAGGAGGAGCAGCUGGAGGAACAGCUAAAUGUGGUUGAAGCAACCGCAACCACAACAGCAGCAGCAGCAGCAGCUGAAGCUGGAGAGGCAACAGCAGCAGCAGCGGCAGCGACAGCAGCAACAACACCUACUGGCAAAGCCAAUGGCAACGGCGGUGUGGAGGUGCUUGAGGAUCCGCAGCUGCAACAGCAGUUGGAACAAAUGCAACAGCUGCAAAAAACAACCACCGUCGGCGGUGGCGGUGGCGGUGGAGGUGGAGGUGGUGCCAGCACAUCAAAUGCUACAACAAUUACAUCGAUAUCAGCGCUAUCGCCACAGACACCAACGACGCCAGCAGCUGGCCCAAUGACAACAAAGACCAGCACGCUAACCAGCUGCAACCAGGCGCAUCCGUUAUGCAGCUCCGCAAAUGCCUCGGGUGCGGUAACACCCGAGCCGCGCACCAAACAGCUCCACCUGCAGCUGCAUCAGCAACCAAAUCCAAGUCCCAAUUCAUCCACUCAACACUCACAGCAGCAGCAGCCGGCACAGCAAUUGUCCAGCAUCGCGAAUCCCAUGCAAAAGGUGAACAAACGCAAGGAGACGCUGGAGGCGAAGCGUGAAAGGAAAGCGGCCAAAACCUUGGCCAUUAUAACGGGCGCCUUCGUUGUCUGCUGGCUGCCCUUCUUUGUGAUGGCGUUGACGCUGCCCCUCUGCGCCGCCUGCCAGAUCAGCGACAGCGUCGCCUCGCUCUUCCUGUGGCUGGGCUACUUCAACUCGACGCUGAAUCCGGUCAUCUACACGAUAUUCAGUCCUGAGUUCCGACAGGCCUUCAAGCGCAUCUUGUUUGGCGGUCAUCGACCAGUGCAUUAUCGCAGCGGGAAGCUCUAGAUAGUGCAUGCGAAGAGGCGAAGGCGUUUCUGCUAAGCAGGCGAAAGGACUUGCCUCUUCGUUAAAAAUGUAUUUAAAAGGCCACAGAAAGCAGCUAAAGAAUAUGAACAAACGGCAGCGGAAGAUGAAGAAGAAGAAGACGAACACCAGCACUCACUACAUGCAUGUAUACCAAAAGUAAAGCAUUAGCAGUAGAUAUAAGAAAUUGAGAUUAUAAAUGUAUUAAAAAUAAAUGUA